CCUGAACUUGUGCGCCAUUUUUUUCCUCAAUAGAGGAAGAAAGGGACAAAAAGCUGGAGGAAAAAAAAAAAGAACUUGUUUUUGGAGUUGGGUGGUUUUCUACCCUCGUUGAUAUUUGACAACAGCGUGCGUUCAAAUGCGUCGGUGAGAGGGACGGUGCUCCAAUGAGCGUCUGUGUGCAGCUGUGGUAGCAGACGCAGCUUACCGACGUGCAGUUGUGGGCCGGCGGUGGAGGUGGAGAACAUUAGCCUCCGCUGGAGGAGCCAGAGCGGCGACGACUUCACUUACGUUAACCUACGCUGAAAAUUGAACGAGGAGCACCAAAAUCAUGUUUCAGCUUCCAGUGGGAAAUAUUGAGAAGAUCCGUAAGGCACGAAAGGCAGUGAAAAACAUCUUAAGUGAGAUCGGCUUAGAAGACUGUCAGACCUUCCUGAAGGAUCUCGAUGGAAACGCUGAGGACAACGUUGGUGCAGAGGAAGCCUUCAAGGAGACGGACUGGGAGGAUGUCUCCGAGGGAUACAAUAGUCGUCAGCGGAAGAAGUGGCCCUACCGCUCUCGAUCCCUUUGCUGCAACCUGUGCAAGUAUUCGUCGCAGAACAUCUACAACUUCCGGAGCCACGUGUCCCGCUGCCAUGGAUACGUUCAGUCCUUCUGCGCGCUGGCGUCCUGCUCGCAGUGCCUCUUCAUCGGUCACCCCAAAGCCGUCAAGAAGCACAUGCUCUUCUUCCACUCCAAGCUUCCUAUAGCAAACGUGCAGCAGAAGGAGAGUCCCAAAACCAUCUUUCGCGGCAAUGAAAGGUAUCAGUGUCGGAAGUGUGCAUUCCCCAGCUCGUCCAUUUUCGCCAUCAAGAAACACAUUAUUCUCAAGCAUCUAGACCGUUUGGCAGAGAAGUACAUCGGUUAUAGGGUACACCAGCAGCUGACGGGGUCUGUAAAGAUCUACUGCUGCAAGGUGUGCCAAGUGAACACUGGAACUCUGGACCAAAUGUUGCAUCACAUGCUCGUUGAACCCGCACACUAUGCAGUCAGCACGCAAGUGCAGAGUUUGAUGUACGAAAACAAAAACUAUAACAUUAAACCGACGCCCAAUGGGAACGGCCUGUUUGUGACAUUCCCGAAUAUUGUUCCGAAGCAACAGCAACCUCAGGUGAUCAACAGUAACUCUUUGAUCUUACCAAGUAACGGUCAACCUGCAGGUACAGUCGUGGCUUUGCAGCCGGUGCAAGGGACCACAAACAGCACAACUCUCAUCUGCACCCCGGGAAAUAACCAAACGUUUCUUCCGCCUCAGGCGUCCGCACUAGUCCAGCUCGCCAGCGCGGAAGCUAAAGGUUUGCUGCAGCCUGGAGCCACCAUUGCCCUCCGGGGGCCCGUACCCCAAGCAUCUCCUGUGGUGCUUCCUAACGUAACGCUGAAUGCGGCGCCAGUGAAUUUGCCUCCUGCUACAGCUCAACCACAGCAGACUCUACAAGGACAGCAGAUAGUUCUUCCAUCGGGGCUGCAGGGUACUGUGGCGGGUACCGGGCCCAGGAUCGGGAGCGGUACGGGUACUUUGUCAGGAGGUUUGACCGGGACAGGUAGUUUGACUGGGCUAGGUAGUUUGACUGUUAGUUCAACUGGGAAUUUCACUGGGACUGGGGUUCCAUCAGGAAGUUUGACUGGGACUGGGAGUUUGACUGGAAUUGCCAAACCUGCAGCUGUGACCCAAAAUGCGCCAACAAACCACAUUAACCUCCAGGGUACUAUGCUGACCUCGCAGUCCCUGCUGAGCCACCUCAUCCCAACCGGGAACAAGGUGAAUGGCAUGCCGACGUACACCUUUGCCCCACUCCAAGCGGCGGGCCCCACGUCUCAGAGAACUACUCCCCUCAAGCCCGUCGGCCAGACGAGUAAUUUUGCCCCUCAGACUAAGAAAUGGAUCACUUGCCCCCUCUGCAAUGAACUUUUCCCUUCCAACGUCUUUGACAUGCACAUGGAGGUCGCACACCCCACAAAGCCCUCUGCAUCCAAGUCCGAAAGUCUGGCCGCCAGGGCGGCCUUCCUGAAAAAAAUGCCAGACAAAACGGUCAAAUGUCUAACAUGCAAAACUCUACUGUCAGAAAGGAGCGUCUUCCAGCACCUGCUGCACGGCCUCAGCUGCCUUUACUGUUCUAGCAUGUUCUUCUCCAUCCGACAGCUUACCGAGCACAUAAAGCAGCACAACCCCUCCAGCAAAGCAUACUGUGAUUUCCUGAGGCAGAGGUACAGGGUCUACUCCAAAAGCACCGGAGGGAUCCUGUUCCCUUACUUUGACGUGAACACCACUGCACCCAGAGAGGUCCUUGGGGACACAGAGGUCAAUCUUGCCCUGGUUACAAACUCCCUGGACCUGAUAUUUUUUAAGCUGCAGCCCAGCAGCCAGCCUGAAAGCUGUCCCGCUCCGGUCAAAAUCAGCAGCGCAAACUGUCCCUUCUGUUGUGAGAAGUUUAAGCAUCAGUCCGAUCACCUCCAGCAUUUGAAGCAGAAGCAUUUCGUCGCCCCCACCAUUCAUGCAAUACUCAAGACGGAGGCGUUCAAGUGCAUCUACUGCAAUGGCGUCUACACAGGCAAGGUCACGCAGCAGGCCGUGAUGCUUCACAUUCAGAGAUGCAGGUGCUCGCCGAAGCCCCCGGCACCGCCGCCGCAACCAGUGCAGCCGCUCAAGCCUGCAACGGCGCCGCAGCAGAUACUGAAGCCCGCUCAGCAGCAGCAGCAGCAGCCUCUCCUGAAGCCUGGUCAGCAGCUCGGCCAGUCUCAUGGGCUCUACUUCCUCCAAGUGCCACAGGGGAUGACUGUGGCGCAGGCGCUGGCCCCCGCCCGGGUCGUUCCUGCUGCUCGCCCCGUGGAGCCUCCAGAAACCGAGGCCGAGCGGCAGUCUCAGAAGAGACUGGAGGCUGCUCUGAAAGAAGCCAUGGAAGCAAACCGGCGAGAGCGAGAACAACGGGCUGCCAUGCGCAAGAGGCAGCAGGAGCAGGAGAGGCUCUUCCAGGAGAGGCAGCUGCCCCCGCCUGAGGUGGAGGUUCCGAGCGACCCGUCGGUCAAGCUCGCCUUGGAACCAACUGUGGCGGAGCGCCGCGGCAGCGAGGAGCGCAAAGACUUCAUUUCCAAGUACUUCAACCGGAAUCCCUACGCGACCAAAGCCGAGAUGGAGGAGCUGUGCAGGAGGCUGUCCGUGAACAAGGGGGAGGUGUCGUCCCUCUUUAGCAAGAAGCGCAGCAAGUGCAUGAAGAGUCUGAAGAGAAACACCGCCGUGGUCCUCUUUGGCUUCAACAUGACUUAUCUGAACAACGUUAAACACAACCUUCUAAUCCCAGAGCAGAAGCCGUCCACCGAUACUCUAGAUCAAACCCCAGCAGAUCCAACAGAACCGCCGGCGCCACCUGCUGAAGCAGCAGAGCCGAGCAGACAGAUAGAUGAGAGUGGCGCUGAUGAAGCUUCAGCCCCUGUAGAUGAAGAGGCUGAGAAACUUUCUGGACAGAAAAGCGGCAGCGAAGCUGACAGAACCGCAGAACCGAUGGAUGCGAGUGGCACCGAGGUCUCAGAACCUGUGACUGAAACCAAACCUGACGGGAAUCCAGAACCGCUGGAAGAACGUGAAGCCGAGGUUUCAGAGCGGUUGGGUGGUAACGGAGAGAAGGAUCCAGAACCGAUGGAUGAAGGUGGAGCUGGAACACUUCCAGAGGGGGAUCAGGCGGAGCCAAUGGAGUGAGUGUAGGAGCUUGGGAGGACUUUUGGGACCUAAAACUAUUAUAAAAUGCGGACUCAAUAAAUGGCUCUUUGAGUUGGUGGUGCAAAUGUUCAUCAGUUUCCACAAAUUUUGUACAUCUGAGAGCAUCAGCUACUGUUCCAACCAUCACCAGUGCUUUAUUUUCCAUCAGAAGGAUGUCUGUAUCCUUAUCGGCUGAAACAUAAAAUAUAUUAAAUAAUCUGACUCUUCUGCUUCAAUAGUAAUGUCUGAUUAUCAUCCUUUACUCCAAAGUGGCAAAUUUUUCUUGAUUUUUGCCUCUAAUUUAAACCCCAUUUGUGUAAAAUUGUGUUCACAUGUUUAGAAGCGAUUCAUUUCAAACCUUUGCUUUAUGAAAGAAUUUCUAUAAUGUGCACAGCUGAUUACCUUUUCUUUUUUUUAGAUUCAACAUUUAGCCCUUAACCCUUUGGGUGUUUCCUCCUGUAGACCCGAUUCUUACGAGUCCCCAAUUUUUUUUGACUGUGAAGUUUGCAUGAAACUUUGUUUUAUUUACCGUCUGAACAUCCGAUUGUGCCAUUGUGAAGCCAACAGAGGUCAUGAUCCACGCAGAAUCUGAGUUAUGGCUGUUUAUUGCGUUGCUCCUACUCUUCUGACCAGUGUUUUUGUACUAGUAUUUUCUAUAACUACUAGAGUUAGAAAGUAAAACGAAAAUAAACGUCAGCAUCACUCUGUC